AUGAACCAUGAAAUAGAACGUUUUUCAUGCGGAUUGCCAGUUUAUAACAUCAGGAAGGAUAUCAAGAACACUCUGUGUAAUCAGGGAAGAGUAUUGAUUGUAGUAGCAGAUACUGGUUCGGGUAAAAGUACACAGAUUCCGCAAUAUCUAGUAUUCGAUGGCAUUAUUACCCCUUCGCAAAAAAUUCUGUGCAGUCAGCCGCGCAAGACUGCUGUAUGCGAACUGGCCGUGAGAGUGGCGAAGGAGACGUCGCUGAUUAACUACUGUUUGGUUAACGUCCCCGUAUAUGAAGAUGGGCUGAAACCUAAUUUGAAUGCAAAAAUAAAUUUCAUAACAGAGAAGCAUCUUUUGGAUUGUAUACGAAAUGAUCCUGAAUUAUCACAAUUUGGAUGCGUUAUGAUUGAUGAAGUUCACGAAAGGACUGUCAAUACUGAUAUGUGUUUGGGGAUGAUGAAAAAAGUGCUUAGAUUGCGGUCGGAUAUAAAAUUGGUGAUAUGUUCUGCAACACUGGAUCCAGAACCACUAUUGAAAUAUUUCUCUGAGUUUCAAGCAAAAAAACUAGAAGUUCCAGGACGUCAGUACUCUAUCGAGAUUUGUUACGAGCCACCAAUUUCUGGAUGCAGGGGAAUUAGAAGUUUGAUGCUGGAUUAUGUCGACCGCACAGUGGAAAAAGUCAUAAAUAUUUGUGAGAAGGAAGCUAAGAAACAGCCUUUUGAAGACAUUUUUUGGGAAGAUAGCUUGGAGACACAUGCAGCACAUAUUAUGGCUUUUUUAUCAAAUCCUCAUGAAACGCUGAUAGCUGAAGACCGUCUCUCCAAGCGACUAACGGAACUUAAACAUAGCGUGAAGGUGAAGAUCGUGACAUUAUACGGGAAGAUGCCAGUUGAAGAUCGAAUUGAAAUUUUUGCUCCUUUGAAAUCUGGAUAUCACCAUAAGGUUAUCUUUGCAACAAAUGUCGGUGAAACUUCGAUAACUAUUCCAGGUGUUCGAUACAUUGUAGAUUGCGGGUUAGCGAAGGUUAAAAAAUUUGACACUACCAAACGAAAAAAUAUCUUAGAACUGAAUUUGAUAUCGAAAUCUGCAGCAAAACAACGAGCUGGAAGAGCCGGAAGAACAGCACCAGGGAUUUGCUAUCGCCUUUACUCGGAAGAACAAUAUGAAGAAAUGGAAUCCACAAACGUUCCAGACAUCCUUCUCACCAACCUUGCUGAAGUAGUGUUGUACCUGAUAUCAGUUGGUAUUAUGAACCCUGAAGAGUUUGAUUUCAUUGAAAAACCGGAUUCGAGUGACCUGAUGCAUUCGCUGAGACUUUUGAGGUCUCUUAAAGCCAUUGAGUGUCGCGAAACCAUGCUAGUUGUAACUCAGCUAGGUAAAAUGAUGCAACAGUUACCUGUGGAGCCACGUCUAGCAAAAAUGGUUUUGGAUUCUGUACAGUACGAUUUAGUGGCUGAAGUGGCGGUCGUCUGCGCUUGCGUUCAUGUCGGGUCACUCUUCAACCGCGGAGAUAAGCGAAAUAAGUUCGUUCUAGCAGAUCAAAAGAAAUUAUCAUUCUGUGAAGACAGUGGUGAUCCAAUGACAUCUUUAGCGGUGUUCUUGCAACACAUAGGAACACCAAACAAUCGAUUCAGACAUUGGUGUUUAGAGAAUUAUGUGAAUUCGAAGCAUAUGAAAUCCGUGUUUAGCAUUGCCUAUAAGAUCUGCAAAAUUAUGUCUCACCUUACGAGUGUUAAUGCGGACAUACACAAAAUUGAUAUUUCGAAAGCACGGACAAUCAUUCCCACUCUUUUCUGUCGAUCCUUUGGAAGUAAUUUAGCAAUGUAUUCCGGCCUACCAGAGCGUGGAUAUUAUGAUUUUAAUGGGAAGAAAUACGUUUUCAUUCAUCCGUCAUCAGCUUUAAAAUACAAUGAUAUAACUCCGGAAUUUAUUGUUUAUGAAUGUUUGGUCCAUACGUCAAAUGAUUUUGUAUUGAAUGUGUGCACUGCGGAUCCUUCUUGGUUGCAUGAAAUUGAUCAUAAUGUAUUGGAAGAGGAAAGAAAGAACAGGUUAGUGCCAUAUGAUAUUAGAUGUGGAACUGCUACGAAGAGAUGGAUUAUGACACAUAAGGGUAUUCUUCAACAGGAGGUGGGAGUGGAAUGUAUUGGAAAGACGAGACGAGAUGAUCCAUACCGUAGACUUCAGAUUUAUGUUCCAGUUAAAAGUCUUCCGAAGUUAAAGUCAUUUAUUGAACGGGUUAUUGAAGAAAAAACAAAUGUAUUAUGCAGAAAAACGAGAGAAGUGCCGAUAUUGCACGCAGAUUAUGUAUUGCACAUGUCUGGUGGCGGUAAACCGCUGGAGAUUCUAAUGCCUGGUGAAUUCUGCAGUAUGUAUAUUGAAAGAAGUGACAUUAAUUGGAUAGAUGAUGAUGCGUGUAAAAAUAAGUUAGAAGAGUAUUUCGGCAAGUUUGGGAAAAUCACGGAAUUCGUGACCUUUGGAGAAGAGUAUCAGAAGAAAACUGGACAUUCGUGCUUAAUUAGAAUGGAAAAUAAGGAAGUUGCAAAGCGUGCUUUUAUCUAUAAUAUUGAAAAUCAUUGCGAUUUUAAUAUUGAACCUCGCUUUGGACAAAAAUAUCUGGAUACAGGAGGCAAUUUUUUUCAUCCAUCUGCUUACCGAUUACUGAUUAGAUGGUGGCGUAGACCCAGCUGUGGCUAUGGUGAAAUAAAGUUGAAGUCUCGUGAUUUCGACCAGCGAAUGUACGCUUUCAAUGUGAUUUCAGAACAUUUCGGACAUUUUCAACCUUCACUUGUGUCAGAAGAUUUUAUGACGAGAAAUCCGAAUAUAAGUGUCGACGAUUUGUACAAGGUAAAACUGCAGUCUCUUCCACUGGAUAUUAAUAACAAACGAUUGCUUCAUAUUUUGGGGCCGGUAUUGGAUGCUUAUGAUAUAGAAUUUGAUGAAGUAUAUGUGGUACGAAAGAAGAAUUACCCUGUUGAAGACAAGAGGGAUUUGGAGAAGCAUUCCCAACGAAUCUCUGACCAUAUUAUAAGAGUAGCGAAGAAUGCAGUAGACGGUAAUGGUUAUCCAUUCGAGGUUAAGAUACGCGCACCAAAGCAUAGUAAUGACAUUGAAUUUUUGGCAUUUGUUCUCUUCAGUGAUAUGAAUAUUGGGAUACAUGUGGGUCAUGCAUUGAAAGAAGCAGCGAAAAAUGGCCUAACUUUGGAAAUGGGACCGGUAAACCACAUGCACGAAGCCUAUAUACAAGAGAUGUUUCAUUACCAAAUAAAAGUCCCGAGAAUUCUUUUCAAUGCCAUUUUCGAUGAUUUGAGGGAUAUUUAUGAAAUAAUCGAUCAUAAGGAUAUUGAUUUUAAUUACCGCAGUGACACAUACAGCAAACUGUACCAUCUCUUCAUUUCUGGAGAAAACUUCGAGCAAGUCCCUCGUUGUUUUGAUUUUUUGACGAAUUAUGUUGUUUUUACGAUAUAUAUUUUUCAUUUUGCAAGAUCACGCUGCAUGCCAACACCUAUCCAUUUUAGUUCCGUAAACAAAGUUAAAGCUGCAAUUGACAAGGUAAUCGACGGGUAUACGAUCAAAUGUAGAGAUGGCGAGAGAGUGGACGGCGAUAAAUUACCCUGUCAUCAACUGUUAACAAAAUAA